AUGAUCAAGGACAACGCCCCCACCAUGCCCAACUGGAAGCGUCUCAACGUUGGUGUCAUCGGCGGUGGCAUCGGCGGCAUGUCAGUAGCCAUCGCUCUCCGCCGCGCAGGCCACGACGUCACCAUCUACGAGCGCUCAGACUUUGCCGGUGAAGUCGGCGCCUCAGUAUCCUGCGCCGCCAACGGAACUCGCUGGCUGCACGAGUGGGACGUCGAUGUCGCCAAGGGUGACCCCGUCGUUCUCAAGAAGCUCAUCAACCGCGACUGGAAGACCGGCGAGCCUGUCAGUGUCUACGAUCUCGAUGACUACGAGAAGCGUUGGGGUUUCGUGUACAACAUGUUUCACAGACAAUACAUGCACGCUAUGCUCAAGGAUACUGCUAUGGGCGAGGGUGAGGGUACCCCUGCUAAGCUACUGGUCAACCACAAGUGCUCCGCUAUCGACUUCCCCACAGGCACUAUCGCCUUUGAGAAUGGUGUCACUGCCAAGCAUGAUCUUAUCAUUGGUGCUGAUGGUAUUGGCUCUGCUGUUCGAAGGAUCCUCGGCAUCAACCCCGAGAAGAAGCCCUCUGACCAGAGCUGCCUCCACUGCAACGUCACAACCGAAGAGGCCGUCAAGGCUGGUCUCGUCGACUACUCACAAAACAGUGCUCUUGAGUACUGGGGCGGUCAAGAAGGAAAGUGGGACAAGAUCGUCCUCUCUCCUUGCAACGGUGGCAAGCUCCUCUCAUACUACUGCUUCUUUCCCCGCGAGCAGGGUGACUACACUACACAGGCCUGGGGAUCUGAGGAUCUCCCCACCGAGGAUCUCCUCAAACCUUAUCCCGAGCUCGACCGUCAAGUCUUUGGACAUCUUGCCAUUGGAAAGGAGAUUCAGCCCUGGCGUCUGUGGGUUCACCAGCCUUACCCCUACAUCGCCAAGGAGAACGUCUGCCUUCUCGGAGAUGCUGGUCACCCCAUGAUGCCUCAUCAGUCUCAGGGUGCAUGCAUGGCUAUUGAGGAUGCUGCUGCUCUCGGAAUCCUGUUCAGCAAGCGAUACUUUAACGGUGAUGUCAAGCAGGCUCUGUCUGUCUACGACAAGGUCCGCCUACCCCGAGCUACCCGUGUCCAAGCUGCUGCUGCCAAGGCUGCCUACAACAUCAACGAGCGAAUUGGCUUCUCUGUGAACAAGGACAUCUCUACAUACAAGGUUGAGAACGAGAAGGAGGUUCUUACUAUCGAGGAGAUGAACACAUAUGAUAUGUACAAGGAUAUUGAGGAGAAGUUGGCAAAGGCUCAAGGAGAGAAGUACGCUGGUGGCUUCCUCAACGGUCUGCCUCUGGGUCUUGAACUACCUAACGGUGUCAUUAUCGGUGCAUAA